UUAUAGUUGCAGACCCAUUGCUAUUACCCACCAUCUCUCUUUCUCUCUGUCUCUCGACCUUUUUGGCUUUCUUUUCUCACUCAUCGGCGGUUACUUGAAAGAUUAUCAACCUCAUUCACUACCUGAUCGGAGAGGAGGAGGCAUUCCGUUGUCGAACUCGGCUUCAUUACCACCUGCACUUGGGUCAUAAUCAGUUUGCAGAUAACACAUGAUUUCAGUGAUCAUUACACAAAUCUCCUUCAUGUUUCCAGGACUCUGAAGCCUAGGUCAUGUAUAGCAUAGAUCACCACACAAUCCUGUAGCAUAGGAAUUUUUCAGUGGAGAAGGAAAAAGUAAAGAAUGAGCAAGCAUAGACCACCACCCGACCCCAUUGCAGUGCUUAGAGGUCACCGCGCUUCUGUUAUGGACAUUUGUUUCCAUCCAUCUAAACCUAUCUUAUUCACUGGGUCUGCAGAUGGUGAAUUAAGGAUUUGGGACACAUCGCAGCAUCGAACAAUUUCAUCGGCAUGGGUUCAUAGUGCUGCUCAUGGAGUUGUCUCCGUAGCUAGCAGUUAUUUGAUUGGAACCAACAAAGUUAUCAGCCAGGGAAGGGAUGGAACUGUCAAGUGUUGGGAUUUAGAAGAUGGAGGCCUAUCCAGGUGGAACCCAUUGCUUACUAUUAAGACAAAUGCUUACCACUUUUGUAAGCUUUCGCUAGUGAAGAAACCUUAUACUUGUUCCAAGCAGCUCAAGGAGAAUUCCCAAGAACAGGGUCAAGAAAAUCUGACAAAUCAUUCUCGCAACUUUCAAGGAGGUUCGCACACUGAAGAUCUUAAAUAUGUGGCUAUUGCUGGGGAGCAGUCUUCUGAGGUUGAGAUUUGGGAUCUAAAUACUACAGAAAGAAUUAUGUGUCUACCUCAAAACUGUGUUGGUGGCUCACCAAAAUUUUCCACCAAAGAAAGAGGAAUGUGUAUGGCUAUUCAAGCAUUUAUCCCAUCUGAAUCACAAGGAGCUAUAAAUGUCCUAGCUGGUUAUGAGGAUGGUUCAAUGCUUUGGUGGGAUAUAAGAAAUAACGGGGUUCCAUUGACCUCUGUCAAGUUUCAUUCAGAGCCAGUUCUAAGUCUAUGUAUUGAUGGGUCAUGCAAUGGCGGUAUCUCUGGAUCUGCAGAUGACAAAAUUGUAAUGUAUAGUUUGGAUCAUUCAAUGGGCACUUUAGUGGUCAAGAGAGAAAUUAAUUUGGAACGACCAGGCAUUUCGAGCAUCUCUAUUCGGCCAGAUGGAAAAAUUGCUGCGACUGCUGGCUGGGAUCACAGGGUGCGGAUUUACAACUAUCGGAAAGGAAAUGCUCUAGCCAUAUUGAAGUAUCACCAUAAGACGUGCAAUGCGGUCUCAUUCUCUACCGAUUCUAAGCUAAUGGCUUCUGCAUCAGAAGACACAACUGUGGCCCUCUGGGAGCUCUAUCCACCACAAAUCUGAAAGAAAAACAUCUCUUGUUGAUUAUAUAUAGCUCUUUGUAAAUAUUGGUUUUUAAUUUGAUGUAACGCAAUGCAACUCUACUCGUCUAAAUCUAGCUUGUUUAAGUUGAAACUUGAGAGCUUAUCCUUUUCUCACUUAAAGAACAUUUCAGUUACCUUCAGAGCUUCUAAAUCUUGCUUGUUUAAGUGAAAUCUUAUUUCAUUGUUUAUCAUGCAAAACUUUUAUUUUGUGGAAUUUAUUUUACACAUCUUUAUUUAAAUAUUAUUUGAACGAACCAGUAAAUUUCACGUUUUAUGGCUGGAGAUCUUGUACUUAUGGUUUGGUGAAUGCAAAUAAUUGGAUUAUCAAAUUUCACAUGAUUGCACUGAGUUUUUUUUAAUUCAUUUUCAUGAAGUUCAUAAUUUUUAUAAUAUAAAUGUUUAUAACAAUUUUUUCUUCUGCGUUACAGGAGUAAUAAUUUCUUAUUGUUUUAUGAUAUAUAAUUGUUGUUUGAUAUGGAGCUACUGACUAGCACAUACAUGAAGAAGACUUUAUGUAGAUUUUGCCCCUUUUUAUUCUUUCUUUAUUCAACUUUACGAGUUUUCGGUUUCUUAUCAUUUUGGUGGAUGUUAUUUUUUAGGGAUAAUUACUAAGGUAUUAUUUUUUUUAAAAAAAAAAAUUACAUUUUUACGUUUAAUAGUUUUUUUUUACAUUUUUAUAGUUUUCCGUAAAAACACAUGAAAACAAUAAGAAAAUUACAUAAAAGUAACAUGAAAAUAACAAUAAAAAAUAAUACACAGAUUACAAAAAAUCAACAACAAAUUAAUAUAAAUACAACAUAAAAAUAUUUAAAUUUCUGUAAAACUAUAAUUUUGUAAUUUUUUUUAUUAUUUUUAUGUAUUUGUGAAAUUAUCCAUAUUUUUUAUUUCUAUUUGGACUUGGAUGCAUUUCCCGAGGAUGUGGAUCAUUAUGAAGAAAAUACUUACUAACUUACUGAUCUCAAUUUAUUUGUUUUUAUGUGGCUUCGGCAGGAUGAAACAAAGGGUGUUGCACAAAAAUUAUUUAAACAAAACCAAAAUGUAAACUAAAUUUAUGUAAUAAUUAUUAGUAUAGUAACUGUAACACGCCUCUACACAGAAAAAUAAUAGUCUAAUAAUUAAUAUUUAAAGUUCUGGAAAUACAGACCAAACAAACUUAAUCAAAAUACCUUUAUUUUGUUUAAAAAAACAAGAAAAGAAAAAAGAAAUCUACUAUUGAGUGGUUAAAAGCCCACGGGCUUUAUAUUCUCAUAUAUAAAUACAAAUUGGUUCUAAACUGAAUAAUCAAUCACAACGUAAAAAAGGCAAGAAAAUGAAAAUGAAAGAAACAACAGAGAUCGAUACUGAAAUGGGAUUCAUCAAGCUCUUCAACUCCAAACCCUUUCAAAAAGGGUUUGCAAUUGUGAGUUUGAUUUCUGUGAUGCUGAUUGCGGUAUUAGAAGACAUUCAACACAUUUAUUACGGGAAGAAGAACGAUUCCUCUGCUGAUUUUGACAGAAUUGUUUGGGGAUUCUUCUGGCCCCAAAUCUUGGUAAUUUCAUUGUUACAUUCUUGCUUCUUAUUCUUGGCUUGUAGCAGGAGCUUCACUAGCGCCAGAGCAAUAAGAAUCAUGGUCGUUGAUUUUUCUCUAAUGCUGUUAUUCGCAUAUCACUCCUACGUGUCGUAUUGCCAUACCUCCAAGAACCAGAAGAAGACGAUGAUCAAUGCCAAUGGAGAUGAAAUAAUAGAAAUGAUAUCAUCAUCAUGUUCUUCAAGAUUACACUCGAUUACUUCUCUUACUUCUAUGUUUGCAACACUAAAGCUAGCUUUUGCUUAUACAGAUGAGUUUCACGACUUCUUUAGUGAACAAGUCGUUUAUUGAAUCCAUAGUUUUGAGUGUCUUCAUCAUUUUAUAUAAAUUCUUUAAUAAUAAUGAAGUUUUGUUUUUGUUUU